AUGCUUCCUCCCGGGGCGAGGACGCUCCUCCUGCUUGCCUCACUCGGUGCUGUGCGCGUCGACGCCGUGCCGACCAUCUCGUUCCCCAUCAACUCCCAGGUGCCGCCUGUUGCGAGAAUCUCACAGCCAUUCUCAUACGUCUUCCCCUCCUCGACAUUCACCUCCUCGGCCGGGUCACCGCUGUCCUACGCCCUCAAGGACCCGCCGUCUUGGCUCUCCAUCGACAGCGACAGCCGGAGACUGUACGGAACACCUCGUGAUGCCGACAUUGCGCCAGGAGCAGUGGUCGGCGUGCCCAUCACCCUCGUGGCAAGCGACUCCACCGGCUCGACGCCUCUUUCAGUGACUCUGGUUGUUUCUCGCAAUCCUGGACCCGCCGUCCACGUGCCCGCCUCCGACCAAAUACGGAAAUUCGGUACCUACUCCGAGCCGUCGUCCAUUCUGUUAUAUCCAGACAGAGACUUCAUCUUCGCCUUUGCGCCGGACACCUUCAUCGACACGCAGGCCCAGAGUCUCAAUUACUAUGCCGUCACCACCGACAACAGUCCCCUGCCAGCCUGGGUUUCCUUCGACGCAGGCACUUUAGCCUUUGCUGGAACGACGCCACCAUUUGCCUCUCUGAUAGAGCCGCCACAGACCUUCUCUCUGAAGCUCAUCGCGUCAGAUGUCACAGGCUUUUCUGCGGCAUCCAUCGCCUUCUCCAUCGUGGUUGGAAGCCACGCCCUGACAACAAGCCAGCCAAGAAUCACCCUCAAUGCUACUGUUGGGACGCCUUUCUCUUACACUGGGCUCAUUGGGAGCGUCAAGAUCGAUGGCCAGCCCGCAGCCAUCAGCGAUGUGCCCAGGGCCACGGCGGUGAACUUGCCGUCAUGGCUUGUCUUCGACUCUACCUCGUGGGCCAUCGCUGGCACGCCACCAGACACGGCACAGUCAACCUCAUUUUCCAUCAUAAUGGAAGACGACUUCUCAGACAGACUAAACAUCACAUUUGACGUUGAACUUGCACCAGAAAAUGGUGGCUUUUUUCAAGGUAUCUUUCCGACCUUAAGCCUCGAGCCUGGUGACCGCUUGUCCUUUGAUCUGAAGCCGUUCGUGUUUGAUCCAUCUGAGACCGAGAUCACGACCGACGUCCAGCCACCGACACCAUGGAUCCAAUUUGAUGCGUCGAACUUGCUCUUGUCAGGAGACGUGCCGACCUCAGCACCAAGUUCAGUCAUUGAGAUUGUCUUCAACGUCAAAGCAGAGAACCGUCGACUGAAGAGGGACGAGGAGACACAGUCGCAGAAACUCACCUUGCAAAUAUUAUCUACUUCGGAGCCGACGACAGUGUCCCCAGAAUCUUCCUCCUCUUCCUCCUCGUCAGCCGCCACCUCAUCAAAUGCCUCUACUACGCCUGGGGACCAGUCUGCACACAACGCGACGACAAAUGUGGUCCUGGUCGCGAUCCUCGUUCCCGUCAUUCUGGGACUGCUCUUCGCCAUAUGCUUCUGCUUCUGCUGCUACCGCCGACGUCAGAGACGCCUUUCCCGUACUCCUUUGGAGGGGAAGGACAGCUGCGGCCCAGAGCCCACCGGCUACAUACAUACUCCAGGUUAUGACCCCGAGACCUCACGUUUAGAUUUGAGUGAACAGCAUUUUGUUGGGCUCACAAACUCUCAAGCCGAGAAAACCAAACCUCGGAAGCCUAGCAAUCUUCGAUCAGAAUACACUGGAUCCCCUAUUCCCGAAGCUCCGGCUCCCGCCUUGCCAAUUAUUGUUCACGAUGCGCCCACACAAGAUGCGCUACCGAGCAAGUACCGAGACCUGAUGGCUCCUCUCCGCAACUUCCGUAUUCCUCGCCUAAAACGGGGAAACACCCGGUAUUCGAACGACUCAUUUGACGAAGACGAUGGCCAUGGUUUCAGCAUGGACCACCCGCCUUCCAUCACCCUGCGUCAAAGUCGCCAGAACUCUUUUCGCAGCGAGGUAGAGGUCAGCAUCCCUUCCUUGGACUCGGAGCACAGCCCCCUCCAAACACCAGACGUGGCCUACACCGUAUCUACAGCGCGGCCUGCUCGGGACAGUGGUCACCAUUAUCCCUUCCCAGCCACUCCAAUGGAUCGUGGCCCUCCGCCGAGGAACCCGGCCAGGGUGCACAGUGAUCUCGAAAGCCGAGACAUCACACCCGUUGACCAGUCAGAGCUCAUCAUCGAAAAGACCCGACCAGCCGCAGACGAGCCCAAGAUUCGAGAACACCCCGCCCUCCGGCACGCCAAGUCCCAGAGGUCUUUCCUCAGCUUCUCCUCGGUCGACACGUUCAAGGGAACUCGCAGACUCGCCGGCAAAGCAACAGCUUCGGCCAAGGGUGCGGCGAGCCUCGCCAGUGCCGCCGUACAGCGCAAGACCCUGAAGGCCUGGGGCAAAGUACGCCUCCAUGUUCAAGAUUCUCCGCACGCGAGGCAGGGCAUAUUCGACAAUGUGACCCACAGCCGGACAGAGUUUGGAAAGUUUGGCCAUUUUGGUGGUAGUGGUGGGUACAUGAGCCUGCGGGACCCGGGAGUGCCGGCCACGGUACCGACCCCAAGGGUAGCAACCGCACCAGUGGCACUGAAUAGUGAGAGCCACAGGAGGCGGCAGUCGAGGAUGAACGGGAGCAUCAGCAGCGAUAGUCGUAGCAGCAGGGCAAUGUCUGUCGGGGCGGGUGAGUAUCGCAUGAGCCGGAGCGAUCCGGGGACGGUCCGGCGACACCGUGGGAGUGGCUCGUACGACAUGCCCCAGUUUCCCACCACAUCUCCUCGGGGGUCAUACAUGGGCCUCGGAAUCGCGGAUUACGAGGGUCUCGUCAACAGCUUGCCGUUCCAUCCGUCGAGAGAUAGAGGGAGGGCGGCGGUGAGGCCGACAACGACCUCGUGGGCUACGACGCAAGCACGGUUUUCGAGCGCUUCCUCGAUGGAUCGGCCUGUCACAGCCAAGACGGCUCAGACGGCGCAAACCUUCAGCAGCACGAGGGACUCGAGGAACUGGGUUGUACAUCAAGAGAGUCCGAUGGAGAGUCCGAUGGAGAACAGGCUGGACAGUCCCGUCCUCCCAUCGCCGGUGUCUGGGGGUCUGCAGGGAGGUGGCGUCGGCACUGCUAGUGAGAUGACGCCUACGAGAAAACCGGCUGAACGGUGGGCAAGUGCUUCCUCGCGGCAAGGCACCGGCGGUGGUGGUGGCGGCGGCAGCACCGGCGGUGGUAAUGAGAUCAAGCGAAAGAGUGUGGCUCAGUCUGGAAAGUCUGGGACAAGUAAGGAGUCAGAUGGGCCACCUGCUUUUAUAUGA